AUGGCAUCUCCUAGGGUUCAGGUCAACGACUCUAUCUGGCCGUCAAUGACAAUGCGUGACCACCUCACGCUGUCAUGGAGCGACGGAAAUGGAGGAUUUUUUGUCUACUCUGAAGCGUCCUUGCCACUGCCAGACUGCCAGCCACAUCCAGCGGACUCCGUAGAGCUGCCAAGGGUAUACGCGGCCGGCGAUGUGUCGGCGAUCCACGGCAUCACGUUCCCCCAAGUCACCAGAGAGCACGUCACGCUGGCCUUCUUGAAAGGCAAAGAGCAACUUGGCUUUGCAAUCCCCAACGUCCUUUAUCAUGGCGAGUGGGAUGGCCGGUAUUAUCUUAUUCUCAGUCGUGUGCCAGGCCGCACCGUCACAGAGGCUUGGCCGGCGAUGAACGAGGGAACACAGCAAUACUAUGUCCAGCGCGUGGCGGAGCUCUAUCUGAGGAAGGGCGGCUCUCCGCAUCAGGGGGAGCUUCGCCGGAAUUGUGCGCAGAUGGGCAUGGAUGUCUCCAGUUUGGUCCUCUAUCAUUGCGAUCUGGGGCCCGGCAAUAUCCUGGUGGACACCGAAAGUAGAGGGAUCGGCAUCAUCGACUGGGAGAUUGCGGGCAACUUACCGAAGGAGUGGGUGACGACCAAGUUUCACCUGUCUUUGGGCAUGGACUUGCCAAAUGUUACGGACGAAGAUGCAAGGUCGGACUGGCGGCGGUUCGUUGCAAGGAAGCUGAGCGAGAUGGGGUUUGAGGAGGCUAUUGAUGGAUGGCUGUCAUUCGAAACGCGCGACAAGAGCUCCUAG